UAUAUAUAUCUGGUGAGACAUUCUGCUAUAUAUGCAGUUUCAACUUUCAAAGCCAAUAAUAAACUAAGGAGAGAUAAUAUGGAAACACAAGGCAAAGUAAUCACUUGCAGAGCUGCUGUGGCAUGGGGAGCUGGAGAACCUCUAGUGAUGGAAGAUGUAAAAGUGGAUCCUCCUCAAAGAUUGGAAGUGAGACUUCGAAUCCUCUUCACUUCCAUCUGUCACACUGAUCUUAGCGCAUGGAAAGGCGAGAACGAGUCUCAGCGAGCAUACCCUCGAAUCCUUGGCCAUGAGGCGGCAGGGAUAGUGGAGAGCGUAGGGGAAGGAGUGGAAGAGAUGAAGGCAGGAGAUCAUGUGCUCCCUAUUUUCACAGGAGAGUGUGGAGAUUGCAGAGUCUGCAAGCAAGACGAAGCCAAUCUGUGCGAGAGAUUCCGAGUAGAUCCGAUGAAGAAGGUGAUGGUAACCGAUGGAAAGACCAGAUUCUUCACAAGCAAAGACAACAAACCCAUCUACCAUUUUCUCAACACAUCCACCUUCUCCGAGUACACGGUCAUAGACUCGGCUUGCGUGCUCAAGGUGAACCCUCUGUUUCCUCUGGAGAAGAUAAGCCUCCUCAGCUGCGGUGUCUCCACUGGAGUCGGUGCGGCGUGGAAUGUGGCUGAUAUUCAACCUGGCUCCACCGUCGCUAUAUUUGGACUUGGCGCUGUUGGACUUGCCGUGGCUGAAGGUGCAAGAGUCAGGGGAGCCUCUAAAAUCAUUGGGAUCGACGUCAACCCUGACAAGUUCCCAUUAGGCAGAGAAGCAGGGAUCAGUGAAUUCAUAAAUCCAAAGGAGAGUGACAAGGCAGUUCAUGAGAGAGUAAGGGAGAUAACAGAGGGAGGAGUGGAGUGCAGCUUUGAGUGUGCGGGAAGCAUAGAAGCACUUAGAGAAGCCUUUCUGUCUACUAACUCAGGAGUGGGAGUGACAGUGUUGCUGGGCGUUCACGCAAGCCCACAGCUUCUUCCUAUCCAUCCCAUGGAGCUCUUCCAAGGCAGAUCCAUCACCGCCUCUGUUUUCGGAGGCUUCAAACCCAAAACCCAAUUACCCUUUCUCAUCACCCAAUGCCUCCAAGGUCUUCUCAAUCUCGAUCUCUUCAUCUCUCACCAGCUUCCAUUCCACGAUAUCAACAAAGCCAUGCAGCUGCUUCACCAAGGCAAAGCUAUUCGUUGCCUUCUCCGCCUCUGAAUAGAAACAUCCUUUUCAUUUUCCAAGUCUGUGUGAUUAUUGUACUGCUUUCAGAGUUUCCUUAUUGGGUCUGGUCCACCCCCCAUACUAAAAUAAAAGUUGGAAAUGUUUUCAAGGCCUCAUCUUUCUCCAACUUGUCUACGGCUUGCAUCUACAACUUGCUACUUACAACUACAAAACACACAAGUUAAUGCAGCGGUAAGAUAGCAAAACAAGGUUUCAAGGAUCAAUGGAUCUUGAAACAAGGUUUUGUGCUUUGAAUUCUUUGUAAAACAGAGAGAAUUCGAAGACUUCAAUGUGAGGGAAACCUCUUUUCUUAUUCAAUAAAAACCAACUCUCUUAAGAGAGAUUACAAAGCUU